AACAGGAGGUAGACGACCCGGCGAAGGGACCUGAUCCCUGGAACCGUCCUCGAUUCUGGACUAUGCAGCCCUGGGAACUUGGGGUCGAGAAGCGACCUGACUAUCAAUUCCCAGAACCAGACCUAAUGGCCGCCCUUCUCAAACUCCACUAUGAUAAGGUUCAUAGUCUGUCUCCUGUGUUGCAUUGGCCGACCUUCGAGCGCGGUGUCCGCGAAGGCCUCCAUCUCAGAGACUAUAGGUUCGGCGCCGUACUCAUGAUGGUCUGUGCCACGGCAGCCCGUUACUCGGAUGAUCCCCGGGUGAUGCUCGAAGGUCAUGACAGUCCCGCUUCAGCGGGCUGGAAGUGGUUUCAUCAGGUCCAGGAUGCUCGGAAGUCCAUGCUCGCUCCGACAACAUUGUAUGACCUGCAGCUAUAUAGCCUUUUAGGAACAUUCCUUAUCGGAUCAUCGGCUCCUCAUGCGGCUUGGAUUGCCAUUGGGCAUGGGAUACGUAUGGCGCAGGAUGUCGGAGCUCACAGAAGAAAAUUCUACGGUGACCGAUACACAGUCAAAUCUGAAUUAUGGAAAAGAGCGUUCUGGGCCUUGAUACUUCACGACAGAGGUCUCAGUGCCGCCCUCGGACGACCGUAUACGUUAUCCCCGAAAGAGAUCGACGUGGAGCUACCGGUUGAGUGCGACGACGAGUACUGGAUAACUUCCAACCCGGAUGACGCUUUCAAGCAGCCAGCUGGGAAACCUACCAGAAUGACAUUCUUUAUUCACAUGAUCAAGAUGAACGACGUGCUUGGCGAUACAUUACGCGUCUUUGUGAGCAAGUAUCUACCUACGGCAAAACCGUCUACACCCGAACAAGAUCAGCAGAUGAUAGCGGAGCUGGACUCUGCUCUUAACAAUUGGUUUGAUGGUAUACCGCCCCACUGUAAGUCGUUGGACAUGCUUUGGCUUGUAGGAGACUGA